UAACCUUGGGUAUAAAUCCACCAACGACCUCAAGGAAGAAGAGCCAACAGCACAGUCUUUGCUUUUGCGACGAUUUACUGUGUUUUUAUUAAUUGAACAAUGCCGAAGGUGAAACGAAGUAGAAAACCACCUCCAGACGGCUGGGAGCUCAUUGAACCAACGCUGGAUGAGCUGGAUCAAAAAAUGAGGGAAGCCGAGACUGAACCACACGAAGGCAAGCGGAAAGUGGAAUCUCUGUGGCCCAUCUUCAGGCUGCAUCAUCAACGGAGCCGCUACAUUUUCGAUCUUUUCUACAAACGAAAGGCUAUCAGUAGAGAGCUCUAUGAGUACUGCAUUAAAGAAGGGUAUGCUGACAAGAACCUGAUCGCAAAGUGGAAGAAGCAGGGCUAUGAAAAUUUGUGCUGCCUCCGUUGCAUCCAGACCAGAGAUACAAACUUCGGAACAAACUGCAUUUGCAGAGUGCCGAAAAGCAAACUUGAAGUGGGUCGGAUUGUUGAAUGUACUCACUGCGGAUGCAGAGGCUGCUCUGGCUGAAAUGCGGUCUUUUUUUUUGCACCUCAAGCUAAUCUGCGGCCAUUUUGUAAACAACAAAUGGCAAUAACUUAAACUUAAUAUUGUACCUUUAUAUCGAUGUAUAUUCCUGGCCAAUGACCGUUUUACUGUUGCAAAAUCAAAUUACCGAACAGGAGGUGUAAAUGAUGUAUAUUCCUAAAGUAAUGUAAUUUCAAGUUUUUAAUAGUUGAGUUUUUGUGAACGCUCAUUGCCAUUAUUAGCCGGACUGCAAGAACUGCGGCAUUUCUGGACCAAGGAAUGUUUAUUUGAACACAUCUUUGAUUCACUGUAUUCAUCACCCUCUUCCACGUAAUCUCUUUUUUUUGGGGGG